GUCAGUUGCAAUAGCGGGAGAUGUCCAGCCACCACCUGAAGGCUUAACCCUACAUACAGAACACUGUUUCUAUCCCCCAGUAUUUAUUUUCCAUCUUAAAUUAGUGUUCCACAGCAGACCUGGGGGGGAGGGGGGAUGCUUAAUAUCCUCGAAAAUAAACUAAGCAUCUUAAAGAGAGUUGAAGUCAACCGAUCAGAGUGGAGUAGACAGUAGCGUGCAAGAUGAACUCAAUGAUCUAUAACAAAUGAAACAAGCUUAUCCCCUCAGUUGCUUUAUGUGUAGCUACCUGUCUACCAUAACAUAAGUGACAGGAGCGCUUAUUGCUCCUACAAGCUGCCGUAGUAAAAGUUACGAAGCUGACUAUCAAGGAUCAGGGAGAUUUUUACGAAAAGAGCAAGAAACCGCAGAAAACUGCACUAGCCCACGCGUUCGUAACUCCGCCCACCUAACUAGCCACUUCCGGCGCUGGGAGUUGACGUUCCUAACACUUCGGAAGCGGCGUUCCGGCGGCAGCCGUGGAGGUGAGAGAACUUCCCUAGUUAACACGUGGGGUGCAGGUGUGGCUCUUCAUUCUUGGACAAGACCUUCGAAGGUGAAGCAGCGGGCGAUGCAGUGGAGCAGCGGCCGGGAGGGUCGUCAGCCCCGCCCGCUCUGUCCCGCGCAGCCUCUGUUUCCUUGCGCCCCUCGCCACUCCGGGGAGACGGGCACCGAUCAGUGAACCAGAUCUGUGCCACCUGCUUCCUACCGACCCGCAGCAGUGCUCUUCCUUUGCAGGUUGGCAGCGUGAGGGCUUGCUGUGGUGUCGCUGCCAAGGUCCCUGAGGAGGGCAAUGACCGAGUACAAGCUGGUGGUGGUGGGAGCUGGUGGCGUUGGAAAAAGUGCCUUGACCAUCCAGCUUAUCCAAAAUCACUUUGUGGAUGAAUAUGAUCCAACAAUUGAGGACUCCUAUCGGAAACAGGUAGUUAUUGAUGGAGAGACCUUUUUACUGGACAUCCUGGACACUGCUGGGCAGGAAGAGUAUAGUGCCAUGAGGGACCAGUAUAUGAGAACUGGUGAAGGCUUUCUUUGUGUUUUUGCUAUUAACAACAGCAAAUCAUUUGCAGACAUCAAUCUUUACAGAGAGCAGAUUAAGAGAGUGAAAGAUUCAGAAGAUGUACCAAUGGUAUUAGUGGGAAACAAAUGUGACUUACCAACACGGACAGUAGAUACCAAACAAGCUCAAGAAGUAGCCAAGAGCUAUGGGAUUCCCUUCAUUGAGACAUCUGCCAAAACAAGACAGGGUGUUGAAGAUGCGUUUUACACACUGGUGAGAGAAAUUCGCCAGUAUCGGAUGAAAAGGUUGAGCAGCAGCGAAGAUGGGAAACAAGGGUGCACAAGGCUCUCGUGCCUGGUGAUGUGAUCAGCUGCCUGGCAAAAAACACAACACUGGAGAUUGAAUCUUAAUUCCGCUAUGCUGCGUGCUUUGAUGACAUUCCGCCAUUUUCUUGGUGCCCAUUGCCCUGGGUUAAAUUUUUCUGUCAUCACCUGAAGAGACUGUCUCUAUCUACCUCUUUGCUCAGCUGAGCAAGCAAAGAACAUCUCCUUUGUUAAAAUGGUGGGAUUUCCUUCACUCUCUUUUUCGCGGAUCGAUUCAACUUGUGCAGCUGGUUAUGUGUGAAACAACAGAGACCUUGAAAAAUGAUCUUUCCCUCACUCCAGUUUUCCUUCCUUCCAGAGAGAGACUUAUCAGGCUGUGUUCUGAAAAGCCAUUACUUAACACAGUCUUGCUGGCAAUGCUGCAUGUAACUCUUCUCCUUCGUAUGCACCGUUUUCAAAGGGGGAAGUACUUGAAACUUGCUCAAUGUUGAGUUGCAUAAAAUGUUUCUACACCACAUCCACUUAUUGCAUCUAGUUUGACCUCUGUAGUCCUUUGCUUUUUUGUAAUUUAAAAAAAAUGAGAGAGAGGAAGAUCUUUGCUAACCAAGCACCUGUUUGGAAAGGCAAGCCAGAGUUGGACCUUACAUGGGCAGGUUGCAGUGUUGGCUUCUGGCUGAUCCAUCCUGGGCAUAGAAGCUGCUUACCCACAGGCAGGUGGUUGAUCUAUCUGCUGUGAUUAACUGGACCUCUCUAGGGACUCAGCAGAAGUCCUUUUCCCUGCAGCACUAAGAUUUUUUUAACUGGAAGCAAAGGAUGAAAGGUCAACUCUUCUUGUAUAUACUGUAGCUUCUCCCCAGACAUAAGUUUCUGCCCCUAGGACUUCUCUGCCCCAUUAACAAAGGCACUUUGAUGUGAAAGAACCAGUGGGGGUGUCUGGCAUAGCUGGCUCCUCCCCCUCUGGUAAUAAAUGCAUUCCAUUUAGCUUUUCUACUGUGCUUUAAGCCAUUGGUGCUUCCUACCAAGACCAACUAACAGCUGUGGAUGCUACUACAGCUUGCAUAUACUCCAGCCAGUCAUGGUUGUGUCAGGACUGUGUGUUGAGGGGUGAGUUGCCCUAGCUUUAUGUGCACUUUUAGUUUUGAUUUCGCCCUUCAUUUCUUGACACUUUGUCCAGAAUGGCCUCUCUAAUCCUUAUUUGUUAAUGUAUCUGGGAACAUUUGGUUAAUGUUAAUAUGUUUUUGAGAGCCAUUUCUAUGUCACUGCUGUGCAGUAACUCAAAAGAGCUUGAGCAGAAUAGGGAAGAACCUGUAUUUAAUAGUCAACCCCCACCUUAAUGUUGCUUGGAGCAAGAAGUUACCUUACUGUUUGUUGCACAUGCCACACUAGUGGCUGGAUGCUUUAAAAGCCUGUGUGCUCCCAGGCCAAGGUUUCAUGUGUGAGAACUGUUGCUUUUUCUUCCUAUAAUGCCGACUGAAUAUAUAACUACUAAUUGUCUGAAAUAUGUAGGAUCUGAGAAUGAAUUUCUCAUGACUGACACCACUCUCUCAUAACUUUGCAGCAAGACGUCGAAAAAUACUGUACUGUGAUGAUGAGAGGUGCCGUGAAAGCUCUGUGGAGCAUGCACCUGUAAUUGCUGUUUCCUGUGUACAAAUUGUGGCUUCGUGUUGCCCUGAAAGAUAUGCACAAAGUCGGGGGUUGGACUGCAGUGGAAACAAAAUCUAGAUAUUAAACCUUUCCCUGGCGAUUCUGUUACAUGGUUAAUUUACUGCACAAGCUGAAGACGUAGGAGCAAACAACUGUGUAAUCAUAAACCUUAAAUGAUACUAGGCAAGUGUUUCCUAAAAAUAACUUUGCUGUUGUCUAAUAUGGCAGUGAUCUAUCAUUUCUAACAAAUCUGUGCCUGAAUGUCAGCAUCCAAACUGCAUUAUGUGAGGAAAUGUAGUUUUAUGGCAUUACCUUACAUAUGGAUUAAAUCAUUACAAUUUAGGCUUAAGACACUCCGCAGGGCUUGGGGGUGUCCACUAAAAAGCGUUUGUUUCUGAGCGGUUAAAUUGCAUGAACUGGAUAAAGCUCCUGCUCAUGUAUUUUUCCCAGCCUAUGUGAAAAAGGAAUUUCAUUGCUCCCCUAACCCCAGGUCAGGGCUAUUGUGUCUAGAACAGGCUGAUCCAGCAGAUGUCUCAGUGAGGAAAGGUGUGAUAAUGACCAGGCUCUCCUGCAACCAUUCAAGGCACAGGAAUGCUGCUGGGGAAUGCUGGUGGCACCACAUUCAAAUGUUGGCCUUAAAAGAUGUCUGUGGGCAUCUUCUCUAUCUAGCACAUAGCACGUUCUCUCUUCUCAUGUUGUGACUUCAGGAGCCUGGAGAUUAAAUGUCAUAUUUGGCUGUGGUUUCUGCAUGGUAGCAUGUGUUAACACAUUUGAGAAGCCCACAUUAGAAUAUUAGCCGGUGUGACAGCCAGUGUCUGGCUUGAACAGAAGAUGCCUCUUUCCUGUGCAUAACUCUUGUACAGAUGAAACCAAGUCUUCACGCCCCUACAUGCUGCAGCAUAGUGGACCUGAUAUCAGAAGGCUUGAAUAUGGACAUGCAUAUCUGUGCUGGGCCUUGUGCAGUCUGCAAAAUACAGGAGGAGAAAUCUUGUUGAGAGAGAUUUUGUUUUUUCCCUCUAGAAACCUGGCAUUUUGUUGUGUGUGGAGGGUGCUCGGAUGGCUGUUCCUGCCAGGCCAAUGUGUAUUUGAGCGUAAUAUCCAAAGGAUAUACUUAAGAAAUAAUCCAUCAGUAACCCAUAUACUCUCUCAGGAUCCUUGUACUAUAAUAUGCUAAAGCACAGUCUCUGAGAUUAAUUCUGGAUGCAAAAGGCAGCCCUGAAAAAAAAUGCUAUACAUGUUCCCAGUUGAGGCUCCUUAGAACAAGUGUCUGAGCACCUUUCCAAGCCUCUGAGCACCUUUGGAAUUGUGAUAUGGAGUGGGGCACAGCCUCGGUAUGACUGCUGCAGAGGGCAGAGCCAAGCACAAAAUAUCUCGGAGCGAGCCUAUGCAUCGCUCUAAGAGUAACUCUUCACUAUUUCAGGCAGAAGCUCUAUUUAACAGAAUGCCUUUUAAAACGAGCAUGUUGUUUAAACAUAUUUUCUUGCAUAGACACAGCUUAGCUUCAGUCACAAAAGGAUUCUUGUUCUGUGGAGCCAGCUGCUGCUGAAGCAAGUUUUUAAAAAUCUGUCAGAUCUCCAGUAGGCAAUCAAAAGCCCUGCUGGACAAAGCCCCAUGUAGCACUACCUGUUUUUUAAAAACACUUGAUGGGCGCCUGGAAAGAUGUCAGUGAAUGCCAUGGCCUUAAGGAAACAGCUGAUUUUUUACUUCCUUUCACAAUUGGGUAAAAUAAGGCCUGCAUAUAGGAAACCUUUAACUCAAGCUGAGAUCAGAUAGAUGUAAUUUUCCUCCUGGCCUUCAUUUGGGGAGAUUUCUCAGUUGAUACUACUAGUAAGACUGUAUCAGUAGUAUGGUUGCAAGUGCCUUGUAUACUGAAUACUCUUAACAUAUUGUCUGUUCUGCCUCAAGAGGCUUAGUUGACCAGAAGACAACAAUAUGGUGCUCUCAUUUAUUAAACAAUAUCAAGUGUGAAGCAAGCUACUGAUACUUGCAUUUUCCCCAGACCUAGGUCAGUGGUUGCAUACGAGGUUGAAUGCUUGUGAAAAAAAAUUCCAGCAUAUGGAUUGAGAAUGGUUAAUGAAUGUGAGGGCUGAGAUGUUUAAAUGUAAUUUUUAAACUUUUUUUGGGGGGGGUGUAUUUUACUUGUGCAAAUGAAAGCCCCUUUGCACUUUUAGAGUUGUCCAUCUGAAUGUAUAUGAUGCAGAAACUAACCACUGCCAUUUUGUACUUCAGUGUAUUAGUCAAGUAGUAAAACGUAGGUGUAUGUGCAAAUUACAAGAUUGCGUUUCUGGUUCCAAAUCAGUCAGGCUGUGACGACGAUGACAUGUAAUUCUGUGGCAGCUAAUAGGAGGAUGCCCGAGCUACGGGAUCCUAAUCUAUGUGUUUCCUUCUGUCAGGAAAACAACGAUUAACCUCAAUAUCAGUCUGGCACUCUUCCUUCUCUCCCUUUCUCCAUCACCAGAGGUGAUGCUCUUGUUAUGCAGCAGACUGUUUUCCGAGGGCCCCAAAGCGAAACACCACAGCUAAUAAGGCAGUUGGUUAAGACUUGCUCCUGUUCUGUAUGUAUGAAAAGAGGUAUCCUUCCAUUGUGGUUGCAAGGCACUUGAUGGACUUGGAUUGCAAGUCAUCACUAUUAAAGGUGGACAUGUUAUCAAAGGAUUAAUAUCAGUUCAAUUGUAAUGUAAUCCAUUUCUCAAAAAGUCUGUUUUUAAUGUUUCAAUUUUGGUUUUAAAAAAUCCUCUGAAAA